AACCAUUCAAGAUCAAGAAACAGACGGAGAAAGAGAGAAGUCACAUGGAGAAUACGAAGAUUCUCGAGAUCAAUCUGAUCUCUGCGCAAGGUCUAAAUCCGCCGUCUGCCAAUCGACGCCGCAGGCAUACAUACGCAGUUGUUUCGAUCGAUUCCUCCGCUAAGCUCCGCACCCGAAUCGAUCUUGAUGGUUGCGAGGACCCGAUUUGGAAUGACAAGUUUCUCUUUAAAGUCACUCCUGAAUUUCUCUCCGGCGAAACAACCAGUGUUUCUGUCGAAAUCUUUGCCGUCGGCUGCCUCCGUGAUAAGCUUAUCGGCACCGUCCGUUUACUCAUCAGCAACAUCCCACUAUUUUCCCAAGAAAUGAGAACUCCUUCGUUCGUUGCUCUGCAGAUUCGCCGUCCGUCUGGAAGAUUCCAAGGGUUGCUUAACAUCGGUGCUACUAUCAACGACGCUUUUGAUUUCGCGUCCUUAGAUGGAGUAUCGGCGAUUUGUUAUCGCGAUCUUGGGGGACAAAUUAUUUGUCCCCAGCGCCAACGCGAUUUAAAGAAGUCGACUUCGACAGUGAAGGAUACCCGUGGCGAGAAUAUUCUUGUGGAGAUUCGGAAGAUUUGUCAUAUGGUGCUGAUUCCACGACUUCUCCAUCGACAGGCUUGAAGGACGGG